GUGUGUUGUGAGAAAAGUAUUUUUGAGACUAAAAUCUUCUUCAUUGAGUGAGCUAUGUAUAUUUGUUGACGUGAAACAAAGGAUUAUCCGUGGUGUUGUCUCUAACAUCAUCUUCACAUAAACAUAAAGAUGAGUUACACUGCAGAGAGAAAGCCACACGCUGUGUUGACUCCAUAUCCAGCACAAGGCCAUGUCAAACCUUUGUUAAAACUAGCGAAGCUGCUUCAUCUAAGAGGCUUCCACAUAACCUUUGUACACACUGAGUACAACUAUAACCGCUUGCUCAAAUCAAGGGGUCCUGAUGCCCUUGAUGGCCUACCAGACUUUAAAUUUGAGGCCAUUCCAGAUGGACUGAAUGAUGAUGAUGGUGAUGUUACUCAACACAUACCCUCUCUUUCUGACUCUAUCAGAAAGAACUUCCUCCAACCCUUUCGCAACCUUCUUCAUAGGCUUAACCAUUCUGCAACUGCUCCCCCAGUUACUUGCUUAGUCUCUGAUUGUAGCAUGUUCUUUACUAUACAAGCUGCUGAAGAACUUGGAGUUCCAAACCUUCUCUGUUGGCCUGCUUGUGCCUCUUCAUUCUUAGCUUUCAUCAACAUUCCCCUUCUCGUUCAAAAAGGUCUCAUUCCACUCAAAGAUGAGAGUUAUCUGACAAAUGGGUAUUUGGAAUUCAAAGUAGAUUGGAUUCCUGGAUUACAGAACUUUCGGCUAAAGGACUUGCCUGACUUCAUAUGGACAACGAAUCUAAAUGAUGUGAUGUUACAAUUUUUAAUUGAACUUACAGUUAGAGUUCAUAAAAACUCCACUAUUGUUUUUAAUACUUUGGAAGAACUCGAGGGUGAUGUAAUCAAUGUUCUAUCCUCUAUGUUCCCUUCUCUUUACACGAUCGGUCCUUUCUCUUUAUUGUUAAAUCGAAGUCCACAUAACCACUUGGCAUCUUUAGGUUCCAAUCUUUGGAAAGAAGAUACUGAGUGUCUUGAAUGGCUUGAAUCCAAGGAACCUAGAUCCGUGGUUUAUGUGAACUUUGGCAGCAUCACAGUUAUGUCUGCAGAACAACUCUUGGAGUUUGCUUGGGGUUUGGCCAAUAGCAAGAAACCCUUUAUGUGGAUCACUAGGCCUGACCUUGUCAUUGGUGGAUCCGUGAUUUUGUCAUCUGAGUUUGUGAAUGAAACAAGAGACAGAAGCCUAAUAGCAAGUUGGUGCCCACAAGAGCAAGUGUUGAACCAUCCUUCAAUUGGUGGAUUCUUGACUCAUUGUGGAUGGAACUCAACCACCGAAAGUGUUUGUGCUGGAGUGCCAAUGUUGUGUUGGCCAUUCUUUGCAGAUCAGCCAACAAACUGUAGAUAUAUUUGCAAUGAGUGGGAAAUUGGGAUUGAAAUUGAUAGCAAUGUGAAGAGAGAGGAGGUGGAGAGGUUGGUCAAUGAGUUGAUGGAGGGGGAGAAGGGAAAGAAGAUGCGAGAAAAGGCCAUGGAGUUGAAGAAGAAGGGAGAGGAGAAAACCAAGCCUGGUGGUUCUUCAUACAAGAACUUGGACAGAGUAAUUAAGGAGGUGUUGCUUAAACAAAACUAGAUAUGUUAAUCUUCUUCGCAGCAUAGUUAUGUUGAUCUUCUUCUCUUGUGGCUUCUGCUGACUGUAGUUCUUCCUUUCUUGGAGGGACAAAUAUUGGAAGUGUAUAACUUCUCAUUAGCUUAUAAUAAUUGCUAGUAAUCAACAACGAACUUUGGAGAUUCCAUCA